AUGGAGGCCCUUAAGAUUUCUCAGUGUUUUCUGCUAUGGUUUAUGUGCUCAACUGUUCUGUUUUUGAAUGCCUUGCAGCCCUGUUUUGCUUUCACUUCAUUUGUGUUUGGAGAUUCUUUGGUUGAUGCAGGAAACAAUGACUACAUUUUCACGCUCUCAAAGGCAGAUUCUCCUCCUUAUGGCAUUGAUUUUAAGCCUUCUGGAGGACAUCCCACCGGUCGAUUCACAAAUGGUCGAACCAUUUCAGACAUUGUAGGUCAAGCUUUUGGAGCCAAGUCAUUUCCUCCACCUUAUCUAGCACCAAACGCUCAAGCCAACUCAAUCCUCGGAGGAAUUAAUUAUGCUUCUGGAGCCUCUGGAAUAUUAGAUGAAACGGGGGUUUUAUUUAUUGGAAGAGUUCCUCUGCGUGAGCAAGUAAAUAAUUUUGAGCACAGCAGAAGUUACAUGGUGAAAGUAAUGGGAGAGAAGAAUACAAUGGAGUUUCUAAAGAAGGCAAUCUUCUCAGUCACUAUUGGAUCCAAUGAUUUCCUCAACUAUUUCCAACCAACCAUACCUGUUUUUGGUAAUGGCAAAGUCUCUCCUAACUUGUUCCAAGACUUCAUGGUCUCUAACUUGACUAUACAUCUCAAGAGAUUGCACUUGUUGGGAGCUAGAAAGUUCAUUGUGGUAGGAGUUGGACCACUAGGAUGCAUACCCUUUAUUCGUGCCAUCAAAUUAUUACCUAGUGGACAGUGCUCUGCUGUGGUGAAUGAGUUGAUCCAAGGCUACAAUACCAAACUGAAUGGGGUUUUGGAUCAACUAAAUCAAGAAUUGGGUCCUGAAGCUAUCUUUGUUUAUGCAAAUUCCUUUGAUAUCUUCAUGAAGAUUAUAGGAAAUUAUCAUCAAUAUGGAUUUGAGGAUGCAAAUGAGCCAUGCUGUGGUGGGUACUUUCCACCAUUUAUUUGCUUCAAGAGCAGUGGUACAAACAGAAGCACUGCGUUGUGUGCCGAUCGGUCGAAGUAUGUGUUCUGGGAUGCAUAUCAUCCUACAGAAGCUGCAAAUAUGAUCAUAGCCAAGGGGUUACUUGACGGGGAUGAAAGUGUUAGCUAUCCCAUUAACAUCCGCGAGCUUUACAAAUAUAACUCCUAGUGUGACAUAUAUAUAUAACCUACUUCAAAAUGUUGGCCCGAAAUUGCAAUGUAGGCAGGGAAUGCAUUGAACUAAAAUGUUUAUGUUUGAUCAUAAUAUUAAAUCAUUGA